AUGUGGCGACGCAAGCGGUUGCGGGCCCAUCGCAUCUUCCUCAUCUCGCUAGCGGCUUUACUGCUCUCCCUCGUCUCGAGCUCGACCGAAACUCGCGGCUCUUCCUACCAUAAUGCGACAGCUCUCCUAUCAUCGCUUCUUGACGAAUACGACAUUCGAUUGAGGCCUGGCUUUGGAGGUGAUGCCCUACUACUAACAAUGGACAUCAUCAUUGCCUCAUUUGAUUCAAUCUCAGAAGUGGAUAUGGAUUACACGGUAACCCUAUACCUACAUCAAUAUUGGCGGGACGAACGGUUAUCUUGGACCGAUGAUCCGACAGCCAUUGAUGAAAUGACGCUUAGCGGAGAUUUCUCAUCCCGAAUAUGGGUACCGGAUACGUUCCUUGCCAACGACAAACACUCCUUUUUACACGAUGUCACAGAAAGGAACAAGAUGCUGAGAAUCACGAGGGAUGGAUAUAUUGCAUAUGGAAUGAGGUUCACCUCAACUCUCGCUUGCAGUAUGGAUCUGAGAAAUUUUCCUCUUGAUUCCCAGAAUUGCACAGUGGAAAUUGAGUCUUAUGGGUAUACGACUUCUGAAGUCUUGAUGAAAUGGAAUCAUCCUAACGCUGUGCAUGGUGUCGAUUCCGCCGAAGUACCGCAAUUUCGAAUAUUGGGAUAUCAGACCGAUGAUAGUAUUGUGACAACCGCUACUGGAUCAUACCAGCGCCUUUCCCUUGUCUUUCAAUUAAAGCGUUCUGUGGGAUACUUUAUUUUCCAGACGUACCUUCCUUGUGUUCUUAUUGUAAUGCUUUCCUGGGUUUCUUUUUGGAUCAAUCAUGAAGCUACUUCAGCUCGAGUUGCUUUGGGAAUCACCACCGUGCUCACGAUGACAACGAUCUCUACUGGCGUUCGUCAGUCAUUACCAAGAAUUAGUUAUGUAAAAAGUAUUGAUAUAUAUUUGGUAAUGUGCUUCGUCUUCGUUUUUGCGGCCUUGUUAGAAUAUGCAGCUGUGAAUUAUAAUUAUUGGGAGCGGAGAACGAGGAGUUCUUGUAGAAGUGCUGAUGAGGGAUGGCCAGGUGGGGUGAAUGCAAAUGGCGAGCUGCAACGUGAGGCUCAGGAAGGAGUAUCUUGGGGAGUCCCAAAAACAUUUCAACAGUUGUCACAAGAAAUCAGCGAUCAAGAAGCAAGGGAAAAGUCUUCAGGCGAAGGAACAAGCCGAGAGAAAAAGCGCCCCGCUUCUCCUCUACCCUCACUUUGUGCUCAUUCCAAUGCCGAGAUUGGCGUAUUAUCACUAGAUGAAGUGCCGGACUAUCCGCGCUACACUGCCAAUCCAGCCAUGCACUUGAGAAAUCGAGCUCAAGCUACUUCAAAGAAUCGAAAAGUAUUAAGUAAAGCGACAGCUCUGAAACCAGCCGCUCUCAAAUCCUCCGUGCAUAAAGCUGUCAAAAGAGCUCGAGCUGUGAUGCCCUCCCUGCGGGUCCGCGACGUAAACGUCAUCGACAAAUAUUCAAGGGUCGUCUUUCCACUAUGUUUUAUCAUAUUCAACAUCUUCUAUUGGGGCUACUACACUAUCAUGCAACAAUGG